AUGGCGACGCCGCCUCCAGAGGCCUCUUCUGUUGUCAAGGAGGAGAAGCCUCAACUGCCGCCGUCGCCCAAUGGAGUCUCGCCUGCUGGUGUCGAUCGCGCAAGUUCGCAGGAUGCUGUAGUCGGUGUCAAACUGGAUGCGCCGGUCAACGGCGCAGAGACACCCUCAGAAGUGGCAAAGUCCGCUGCUGUCAAUGGGCAUAGUGCCGAACCCAAUUCCGUCCCAAACGGCCUGUCUGCAGCCGCCUCUCCACCCAAGUCUCCCCUGCCGAGUACAGAUACACCCGCACAGCCAGCCGUCGCGUCCGAAAAUAAGGAAGCUUCCAACGUGGGUUCAGUUGCGACUGGCGGCGAAGAUAAGGCUAGUGCUAGUAACAGUACAUCUGUUACUGACAAGGCUACGGGUGCGGGUGCGGACACCCACAGUCCGAAAAACACACAGGCAUCACUGGAUACGUCAAAGCUAUCAACUGAUCGGUCCGAAGCCAAAGUGGAGAGCACUGCGCAGUCAUCACAGAACACUGGAUCCGUGAAAACAGAACUUCCCCACCAUCCUUCCAACAGCCCAUCCAAAAGUGAUACUGUCAAAUCUACCUCUGUGGUGCCACCUCUGACAAGUGUUGAUCAAGAGAUGCGUGACGCCCCAGCGGUUCCAGCUUCCCCGACGAAAAUCACGAGAGAGCGAGAGUCUGAUCAUGUUGACGAGCCCGCUGCUAAACGUACCAAGUUUGGCGGCGAAGGCGCGUCUGCCACGGAUUUUAAAGUUCCUAGCGCGCCCUCACCAGCUCCUGAAAGUCGCUCCGCCGUCUCGAGCAAUGGUUACAGCGGGAUCACUAAGGUUCAACACAAGUUCCUGCUCAAGUCGAUUCAAAGCCUGAAGCGCAUGCAUGACUCGCGCUUCUACAGAGAUCCUGUAGAUCCAAUCAAGCUGAACAUCCCUCAUUACCCACAAAUCAUCAAGCAACCGAUGGAUCUGGGGACCAUUGAGCAAAAACUCAAGAUGAAUGAUUAUAGAAGCGCUCAGGCUGUAAUCGAUGAUUUCAGAUUGAUGUGCCAAAACUCCUUAACCUUCAACGGCCCCGAUCACUUGGUUACAAUUGAAGGUCAGAGACUCAGAGGGACUUUUGAAAAGCAGAUGCACAAUCUACCUAGGCCUGAUGAGAUGGAAGAAAAGAAGCCGAAGAAACUCCCUCCCAAGACAUCGGCAGCCCGUCGAGAACCUCGGGCGGCGCCAAGUCCCAGUACGGCCCGUGCUACCGGCAACUCCCCUCAGUCCACCACCUUUGCUCUAGGUCCCGAAGGUCUUCCGCUGAUUCGUCGUGACUCUGCUGCUAAUGCAGAUGGUCGUCCUAAGCGCUCUAUCCAUCCUCCCAAGCGGGAUCUUCCAUACGCUGCAAAGCCAAAGAAGAAGAAGUAUCAAUGGGAGCUGCGCUUCUGCACCGAAGUAUGCGAGGAAAUGUACAAGCCGAAGCAUUUCAACUAUGCAGCACCUUUCUACUACCCUGUUGACCCAGUCGCCCUUAACAUCCCUACCUACCACAGUAUCAUCAAAAAACCGAUGGAUCUCUCUACUGUACAGGCCAAGUUGAAGGCCGGUCAGUACGAGAAUGCCAGGGAAUUUGAACUUGAUAUGCGCUUGAUCUUCAAAAACUGUUUCAAAUUCAACAUUCCCGGCGAUCCCACUUAUGUUGCCGGCCAGCGCCUAGAGGAGGUCUUCAACCAGAAAUGGGCACAAAAAACCCGUUAUCUCGAAACCCACGAACCGCACCCCGAGCACCAGAGUGCUGCCGAGUCGUCCGAAGAAGAGAGUGAGGAAGAGGCCGAGGAAAGCGACUAUGACGCCGAGAAGCUCAGUUUGCUGCAGAAGCAGAUGGAAGAAAUGUCUCGUCAAAUUGAGGCUAUAACCCAGAAGAAGAAAAAGACUCCUCCCGGCUCUAAGAAACUUAGCAAGUCUAAGCCUCCCAUCAAAAAAGAGGUCAAGAAACCUGGAAGUGUGGGUCUAAGCAGCGUCAAGAAAGACAAAAAGAUCAGUAACAAGAGUGCCAAGCCUGAGAAACAGCGCUGGGUCACCUACCAGGAAAAGCAGAUCAUUUCGAAUGGGAUCAGUAGUCUUCCGGACAAGAAGAUGCAGGAAGCGCUCAAGAUCAUUCAGAGCAACGUUCCUUCUCUUAAGGGUACACAAGAGACAGAGAUUGAGCUUGAUAUUGAUGAGCUUCCUAACGAGGUUCUCGUGCUGCUUCUUCGCUUUGUCAAAAAGAACGCCCCUCACGUUUUGGAGGAUGAGGAUAUUGCGACUCCUACUGUGGCGGCAUCAACUACGACCGCUGCUCCAAAGCCUAAGAAGAACAAACCUAUGAGCAAGUACGAGCAGGAGGCGCAGAUUAACAUGCUUGAAAGCAAUCUCUCCCGCUUCUCGCAGGGCGGCGGUGGCCGCUCGCCAGACCCGGUCCCCUCUGUUGAAGCCAAUGAGAGUAGUGAUGAUUCAGAAGAUGAUUCUGAGGAGAGCGAGGAGGAGUAA